GACUCUUCCUGCUUGGCUGCACUUUGCAAAAGGAAGGAAGAAUGUGGGUCAUGUAAAAUAGAAGUUUUGAAUCAGAACUUGUUGGGUCUUUGUGAAGGGCUGUCUUAAGGGCUGUCUUCCCCAAUAUAUGCAGAUACAAGCUGCGAAAAUGAAGCAAGAAGAGGUACGUCCUCCAUUGGUCCCUGUUAAGGGGAUCCCCAUGAUAAAGUAUUUUGCAGAAAUCUAUGAUGAAGUGGAAAGAUUUGAAGCACAUCCAGAUGAUCUACUGAUCUCUACAUAUCCCAAGUCUGGGACCACCUGGGUCAGUGAGAUAAUAGACAUGAUCUACAAAGAAGGCAGUCUGGAAAAAUGCAAAGUUCAGCCCAUCUACAUGCGAGUCCCUUUCCUGGAAUUUGCUGUACCUGAUGUCCCUACAGGCAUUGAUCUGCUUAAGGAAGUACCCCGUCCAUGUCUAAUUAAAACCCACCUUCCUGUCCAAAUGCUCCCCAAAUCCUUCUUGGAAAAGAACUGCAAGGUUAUCUAUGUGGCCAGAAAUGCCAAAGAUGUGGCUGUCUCAUACUAUUACUUCUACCAAAUGGCAAAAGUACACCCAGAGCCUGGAACAUGGGAAGAAUUUCUGGAGAAGUUUAUGGACGGAAGUGUGUCUUUUGGAUCCUGGUAUGAUCACGUCAAAGGUUGGUGGGACCUCAUGAAGAAAUAUAGGAUUCUGUACCUCUUUUAUGAAGACCUGAAAGAGGAUCCAGAACGGGAGAUUCGAAAGAUAAUGGAAUUCCUAGAGAGGCCAGUUGAUGAAAACUUAGUCAAGAAGAUUUCACACCAUACUUCCUUCAAAGUGAUGAGUCAGAACCAGAUGGCUAAUUACAAAAGCCUUCCCACUUCAGUUAUGGAUCACACUGUUUCUCCUUUUAUGCGGAAAGGAGUUGCUGGUGACUGGAAGAACCAAUUCACAGUGGCACAAAACGAGCGUUUUGAUGAGAAUUACAAGAUGCAAAUGACAGGAACUACACUCCAGUUUCGAACAGAGAUAUGAUUGUUCUGUUUCUACUUGGUGAGGACUUGCUUUUGUUACCUGUGAGAACUGUUGAAGAUGCUGAAAUUGUAUAUAAAUGAAGCUCAUGACAAGAUACCACUGUGCCCACAUCAAGUGAUGGAAAGACCUAGCUAACACCAAAGCCAUGCCAAGAACAAAAAUGAAUUCCAGUCUGCAUUUUUAUCUAUGAUAUUGCUCCUCUUUAAUCAUUGACCUCUUUCCUUGUGAUGCAAAAAUCCAGACAUUUAAGUUCUUAGAUUUCUAGUUCUUACAUU